AUGAAUGUCAACCAAUCAUCAUCUGAUGAUCAACAACAAAUUCUAUGCAUUCGAAUAGAAAAUAAAGAAGCAGCUGAAUCUAUUCAACAUUUAUUGAUGAAAUAUGCAUCGAUUUUUAAAGAUAGUCGUAUUAUUGAUUUACAUGAACUUAUACAAUUUAUUCAAUCACGGACAACAACAAAUAUAACUCAUGAAGAUGCUUCGACAAUGACAAAUACUGAUCAUAUAUGUCAUCCAAUAACAUCUUGUGCUAGUUUUAUAACACAAAAUGAGAAUGUACGUCGUCUAAAAGCUUUAGAAUACAUUCGAAUAUUUCUCGAAAUGAACAAAGAAGAGUUUUUCAAUUAUCUGAUCAAUGAAGAACAUCUUUGUCAACAAAAAACAUUGGCUAUUUAUCAAAUGAUAAGACAAUUUCUUAAAGUUAUAUAUCAAUCAGAACAUGAACAGAAACAAAAAACUAUUGCAGAUUGA